UGGGAAGAAUGUCCCUUACAUUGGGGGUCAGUGGGAAGAAUGUCCCUUACAUUGGGGGUCAGUGGGAAGAAUGUCCCUUACAUUGGGGGUCAGUGGGAAGAAUGUCCCUUACAUUGGGGGUCAGUGGGAAGAAUGUCCCUUACAUUGGGGGUCAGUGGGAAGAAUGUCCCUUACAUUUGGGGUCAGUGGGAAGAAUGCCCCUUACAUUGGGGGUCAGUGGGAAGAAUGUCCCUUACAUUGGGGGUCAGUGGGAAGAAUGUCCCUUACAUUGGUGAUCAGUGGGAAGAAUGUCCCUUACAUUUGGGGGUCAGUGGGAAGAAUGUCCCUUACAUUGGGGGUCAGUGGGAAGAAUGUCCCUUACAUUGGGGGUCAGUGGGAAGAAUGUCCCUUACAUUGGGGGUCAGUGGGAAGAAUGUCCCUUACAUUGGGGGUCAGUGGGAAGAAUGUCCCUUACAUUGGAGAUCAGUGGGAAGAAUGUCCCUUACAUUGGUGAUCAGUGGGAAGAAUGUCCCUUACAUUGGGGGUCAGUGGGAAGAAUGUCCCUUACAUUGGUGAUCAGUGGGAAGAAUGUCCCUUACAUUGGGGGUCAGUGGGAAAGAAUGUCCCUUACAUUGGUGAUCAGUGGGAAGAAUGUCCCUUACAUUGGGGGUCAGUGGGAA